GCAGAGGAGCACUAAGAGGUGGCAUGUGGCUGCUGCGCUGGUCGUCGUGUACGCUGGCACACUAACAGGCCACCUCAGAGCUUUAACUACAGACAGACAGACCUGUUAAGGCACACCGAGUUCGUGUCUGUCGGCAGAUUCAACAUGAUGAAUGUCUGCAAAAUAAAUCCCUCUGACUGGAGCAUGAGAAGAGAGGACACACGUGAGGUAAGCAAACAAACGACUUACGUGUGCACACACAGAAGGCGCUCAUCUUAUCUGAAUGCAAGAUUUUUUACAACAUCAUGGCCACCUGGAAAGAAGCAAUUGAAGACCCUAAGACACUAUUUCUUCCUCGUGUAAAUGAGGAAUACAGACUAACGCCGCCUGCAGGCGUGGAGAGUUAUUUCCACUCACGCAGGCGCAGUACCUGCGUGCUUGUCGGCCAUCUGUAGUCGUCGCGGUGUGUUCAAGUGCAACCUUUUGGCCAAGAAAAAGGCGACAUGAGGCGACAGAGCAGCCGGCUCCUUCGCCACCAGUACUGUUAUGUCGUCUUGGCGUGUCGGGGCCUUUAGAAGAGGAUGCUGCUGUUCCUGUUGAUAAGACACUGUUUCCUGGUCAGCGUGGGACGACUGACCUGCACUUUAUGGGGCCGCAACUCUGACGGCUGUUGUUCUCUGAGUGUUGAUUGAGAUUUUUAAGUAAAACUCUUCUUACCUCAUCAGCAUAAACCUCAAAGGAGGAGAAAAUCUGCUUAUCUCUGUGAUGGAAAUGCUAAACUGUAGAUUUAUGUGUUUGCUCAAGUUAAAUUCUAAGAUCAUGUACAGACACUUAAACACAAACUGUAUGAUAAACAUCAGUUAGACAGACAUUUGUCCAACGACUCCCGAGACUGAACUCUGGUUUCCUUUAGUGGAAUCAUCACAAACACGAGCCAACUGACGUCGUUUUUCAGGGUUUCAGUCUUCAAACAGUAACAUGGAAACAUUGGCAACAUGCAAAACUGCUCAUGGUGCAGUUUUCAACCUCCAUUGUGAGGGAAUUUCUUUUUUUACUAGUUUUUAAAACACAAAAACCACGUACGUAACAACACACCCUACAUGUAUUAGCAAAUAUCUAACGUUGUAUCAGUAACAGAACAUUUAGCUAGUAUAAUUAUUAUAGCGGGUAUGCAUGUGGCGUGACGGGAUUCUCAACAAGAGCUCUGAGAUAUCUUUUUACAGACAAAAGCUGAAGAAAACAGAAGCAGAUUGCAAUUCGCAGAAACAACUGGAAUCCAGGCAGCAUUUGUGGUUGCGAAUCUUUCUACUCGUAAAGUGCAGUUAAGUUUAUUUAAAUGUAUUCAACUAACACAUAUAAAACAUUUCUCAACAGCAACAACAUUUAACAAAAAUCCUACUGCUGCCUACUGCCAAAAAGGAAUCAGAACCUGUGGAGUAACCCACCAGGGUGGUAGCAGCCAGGCUUUGCCCAAAAGAGGCGCCCUACCGGGGUAACGGAGGAGAUGAAGGAUUAGGGGAUAAUCCAGGAUGGUUCCGUGGUGCGACCGCAGAACCGUUUGCAGCUGGACUCAAGACCUAUUUCUGAGCUGAUGUCGACAAAGCGAGCGGGGGAAACCAGGCGACCUGACCACACUCCAACUGACGCUUCCAGGAACACAACUACUCAGUGUUUCGCCUCAAUUUAUGGCCGUUUAAUUCAGCCAGCUAUGCAUAACAACGCGCUACAAAGAGUGGCACAGAGAUCGGCCUGCGUGGGCUAAACAGAGAUAAUAUUCUAGCAAACUAUUUGGCAGUGCGGGCCUGGAGCUUUUCAGAAAUUACACGGUUUCAAGAUCUUGGAAUAAUCUUUCAGAGCUAUUUCUAUGUCCAUAAUUUGGACUGUCAAUGACUUAAAUCUGAGAGGAGAAAAGUGAACGCUCAGUUUUCCAUUCAGUGGGAUUAAAGGCAAAGUUGAUUUUCAAGAAAUAUUAAGACUUUCACUUCUUGUGAACAUGAAUCUUCAGGAAAAGCUGUCAGGCCUCAAAGGUCUGGUGUCAAACUCCCACAGCAAGCGGCGCUUUAAAGGCGACCUCACGCUGGAAAUGAUCAGCCCGCCUCUGGGUGACUUCCGCCACACCAUGCACGUGGGCCGCGGUGGCGAUGUGUUCGGGGACACCUCCUUCCUCAGUAACCACGGCGGCACGGCCAACAGGAACAACGGGAACGCCGGGAACAACGGGAACAACGGGAACACCGGAAACAACGGGGAAACGGAUUCUAUCUCCAGCCCCGACAACAAGAUCGGAGCGUUCUUCUCCAGGACGCUCCGUCAAAUCAGGAGGGGCUCUGAGAACCGACCCACGGGAGGAUGCAAGGAUCUGUCGCCGCCACCUCCCGUCGUUUCUCCCAUCGUCAAGAACGCCAUCUCCCUCCCGAGGCUGGACGUGGACUUGCCUAAUGGGAGUCCCACCGCCAAAGUGCUCUUCCCCAGUUCUCAAAGCACACCGGAGGAGAGGAAAAGCUCUUACGGUCUGGAGUCUGGUUUCGUCACUCUGCCUCGUCUGUCCCGCUCUGAGCGCCAGCAGCCCUCCAUCUCCCUCCCCACUUCCUGCUCCCCUAACAUCCACCGCGGCUCUCUGACUGACCCCACCGACGCCAUCUUAUCCACCUGCUCCGCCUCCAUUGUGACCUCUGACCCCAGACCCACCUUCACCUCAUAUUCUGACUCCCUCACCUCGCUGGACACCUUCACCUUCGACCUCGGCCCGUCCCUCAUGAGCGAGGUGUUCGGCCUGAUCGACGGCCACACGGAGGAGCACGGCCACGCCUGGGAGGGAGAGGAGGCGGGGUCAGCGUGCGGGCUGACCAACGAGGGCUCAGAGAUGGACUCGGCGACUAUCUCAUACGUGGACUCCCUGCUGAGGGAGGACUGCGGGGGCAGGAAGAGCCCGCAUGGGGCCGAGUGGGAGGAGGACGAAGGGAUGGAGGCGAACAGAGUUAAAGUACCCGAUGUGGUGAUGGGGUCUCCUGAACGAGUGAGGAUGGGGAUGGAGAGUGAGCGCUUCCAGAGUGCGACAGAUGUACUCGCACGCCACUAUGGCGUCAGCCACUUAAAGGGACAGAGCAGGGUGGAGGUUGCAGAGUCAGAGAUGAUCAUCAGCCAGCCCAAGAACAAAAUGUCCUACAAUUACAUGGACGAUGAGGAUGAAAUCAAAGUCUGAGCAAGUCGGAGACGUUUUUGACACUAAGAAACUGUUUAAUGUAUGAUUUUUGUGUAAUUCCAAUCAAAUCUUCUAAAAAAGACUCUUGACAGGAUGACAUGAAAGCUCCAGUAUCCUUAUUAUUGGAUCCUUUACUUUUAUACAAUCAUGCUUCCAGGAUGUACAGUUUGGAUGUUGCUGAAUGUAUCUAGAAAGGAGUGAAAGACGUUUCCGAGCCCAGCACUCAGAGGGAGAAGGCUUUUUAUCCAAAAGACUUAAAAAGGACUGAACAGGCGUGGAACACGAGGAUGUGCCACAGAAUGAAGUUAAGAUCGCCUCAAAGGAAACCAGCAUUACACAAUGUAGAAGUUACUAAGCCUGUCAUUAUAUUUUUCACACUUCCUCACAUAUACGAGGGGGGAGAGAUUCUCCGUGCGAGUCCCCGGUCACUAAUGAGAGAGGAAGUGGGGAUUAGAAAAGUAGAUUUAAUCUUAUUACAACCUUUGGGCCUCACUACAAUCUCCUGUCAACUCCUUUCACUCAGGAAAACACGACCGGGAAACAAAAAGGGAAGAGAAAUCUGGGUUCUCAGGCUUCAUUAGAUAAACAUGGACUGAGGGAAUAUGACAAGUAAUACUGAUGUUUGCAAGUUGCAACUAAAGCUGAACCAUAUAAUUGCUCAUGUUAUGCUGCAGACCUUCUAUAUAGAGACUCCGUGCACCUUUUAUUAUUAUGAAGUCCGACUCCUGCAUUGCUUUUUAAAGAAGAAUUGCCAUUUAAAUGUCCUUUUAUACAACUGUACAUGAAGAUAUUAACUGACCUCCUAUAAAUAUGUACUUACAGUAUGAGCACCUGCAGUACUUAGUGCAAUCCACAUCCAUAUGCUGCAGUCAGUACCAAUGAUAUAUUAUGAUGAUAUAAAAUGACAAUAAAGAUGUUUUUAAUUAG